GGCGGCGGGGCGGGGCAGGGCGGGGGGCGGACGCCUCCCCCCCAUCCCGGGGGCCAGAUGACGGGAGGCGGCGGGGCCGGGCCGGGCUCUCACCGCCUACAAAUGCGGCUCCCCCGGCGGCCGCCCCCGCUGCCCCCCGCCGCCCCCCGCCAUGGCCGCGCCGCGCCGGCUCCUGGCCCUGCUGCUGCUGCUGCUGCUGCUGCUCGGGCUCGUCCUGGCCGCCCCCGGGCCGCUGGGGAAGGCGCCGGACGGGAAGGAUGCCCAGGAUGGCCUCACCCGAAGGCUGGUGCGGCCGCGGGGUGCCCGGCGGGGGACCGGCCAGCGCCCCGCGGGCUGGCGGAGAUACCGGCGGCCCCGGCCCCGGCUGUCCCACAAGGGCCCCAUGCCAUUCUGAGCCAGGGCUGCCACCCGCCUUCCACGGACACGGCUUCCAUCGCUUCCAUCGCGCCGUGUUCUCGCCCGAUCCGCUCAUCCUCCGGCCCUGAGCCUGGGGGCCCCCCUGUAAGGCCUCGGCCGGCCCCAGCUUCUCCCGGCGGUUGCCCCUGGUGGCCCCGGUGCCGUGUCUGGCUCUGUGGGUGCGUUCUGCCCCUCCUCACUGCCUCGCAGGGCCGGCUGGAUCGGGGUUGCCCGCAGAGGGGCCGGGGUUGCCACGACACCCUGUCCCGGUGGGCACGGGACUGGCUCGGGCAUCGGCCCACUUGGACCUCGGGCUUUGUGCAAAGCACUUUGUCAGGCAGAGCAGCUUCUCCUCAGGGUCUGUGAGCUCCCUCGGGGUCCUGCCCCAGCCCUGUCUGUCACCCCCACACCAGGGGGAGCACAGCUUGUCCUGGCUCUAUUUAUUCCAGGUGCUCAACCCUGGGUGAGUUGCCCUCCCUUUCCCGCUGGCAGACGCCUCAUGGUAGAGCGGCGUGCCCACCCAGGACACACUGUGGGGCCCUGGGCCCCUCUGCUUCAUGCCAUGGGACACUGGGGGGGCACUGGGGUCUCUGUCAAGCUCUGCCAUACACCAAAGGAGGGGCCCUGGCUCUGAGCUGGUCCCUGCUGAUUGUCUCCUGUGUAUGUAAAGAUUUAUUCCAUGUAAAUACAUCUUUAUAAUAAAGAGUUAUGAUUAUUAACUCAGUAAAUGCUGAUUUCUGGAAGGGCAGGUAGGGGUUGCUCUCCUGCUGGUGGGGAGGGAUCUCAGGUCCCUCUGCUGCCUCCUGGGGCUGUCUAUAGGCUGGGGCCAUGGCAGCCCCUUUCCCGGCUCAAUGCUGGCAGAGAAGGUGCUCAGCAAGGAGUGAAGCCAUGUGCUGAGCCUGUGGAGUUGGCAAAGAGGGUGGGAAAACACAGGUCAGAGGGGCUGGGAGACGGACGAGGGGAUGCUGGAAGGGCACAGGGAUGCUGGUCUUCCUAGGCAUCCCUGUCCCUUGUGUUCAGUCACUGUUAUCCCUGGCAUCCCUGUUUCUGGUGUCCCUGUCCCUGGUAUCCCUGGCAUUCCUCCCCUAUGUGUCCCCACCCUAUGGGGCUGGGUGUGAGCAGGACCCAUAUGGGAGGCAGGGGGGUCAAAGCUCAGGGGACUGAGGAUCCCGGUAGGACCCUGCAGAUGGGGCAGAGGAGCUGAGCCCCGCCAAGGGAUGGGACAGGACACACCCAGCCGUGGCUGGGACGCUGGGAGAGGGGGUGCCCAUGCGGGGCCUCCGAACUCCUCACUGUUUGCAGGGGGCUGCCCACGUCCCGGUCACGGGGCUGCGGGCAGGGCUGGCAGUGCCGGCGGGGAGGGGGUUAAGGGGCUGCGGAGGAGCGGAAAGGCUGCAGCUGCGGGCUGGGAGCGGGGCUGGGGAAGCGCCGGGACCCAGCUGGCCUCCAUUAGCUCAUCCGCCGGGACCGGGAGGGAUGCGCUGCCCGGCCCCGCGCCAGCCGCACGAUCCGCGAACCCCGCCACCGCUGCCAGCUGCCCUGAGAGACCCGGCCACCCCAGGAGCCACUGCCAGUGCCCCCACCACGGUCUGGGUGGGCUGCCGGCCCACUGCCCAGUCCUGUCCCGGCCCCCAUGCCGAGUUUUCCAGACCCAGCAGCCUCCCAGAGCUGGAGUGGGGCAGGACAUGGUGCCCCAGCCACAGCCCCCUCCAGCUGCCCCCAGCUCCAGCUCUGGGAUAUUGGGGGCUUACUGUUCCUCCGCUGCCAGCCUGCGGUGCUGCUGCUACUGGUUUAAACUGGGAGGGCUCUCCCCCUGCCCUUCAAACUGCCCCUCAACGCCCGUGGUCUGCCUCCCCAGCUGCAGCAGCAGGUACCUUGCCCAAGAGAUUUGGUGAGGUCCCUGCGUGGGCACGGGCAGGACUAGCAGUGAGCGGCCCAGUAGACCCUUGGAAAAACUGCCGUGGCCGUGGCAGCAAGGCAGCGAUGUCCCACGUCCCCCAGGUAUCGCCCAGCCCCAAAGUGCUUGGGCUGCAGCCAAGGGCUGCAAAGCUGAGCCCUGACCCCAGCCCUCCUGCACCAGCCUGAAAGGAGGAGGCCAGGGAGGACCUCCUGGCUGGGCUGUGGCCAGCUGGAGGGAGGAAAAGGCUUCUGGGCCGGGAGACCUAAGGAAUCUCUGGCUCUUCCUGGCCUGGCUGGCUGCCCACAGGCAGGUGGGAGCUGCUGAGCUCAGUGGUGCUCCCUGUGCCUCGUGUGCCACGGCAGUGCCAAAGCUCCUGUACUGCAACAGGGGGUGGGGCAGAGCGGGCAGCGGGCACAGGGGCAGUGCCGGGGACACGGGCAGAGGGGCACAGGGCAGUCCUGUCCCACUUGCUGUGCAAGCAGGGUCUGUCCUGGCAGGGCAAAGAUGGGGUCUGCAGGUCCCAACUCACUGAGCAAGGAAAGAGGGAUGCCAGGGGCACAGGGAGAGUGCUGAGCAGUCGUAGGAGCCCUGCAGUCCUUGGGGACCUCUGGCUGUCCCCAGAGGGGACAGGGAGAGCUCACUGCCCACCUAGGGCUGGCAAGGGAUGUUCAGUGUGGCUGGGGGACACCACCAGUUCCUCUGGCACCACCACCUGGGUACCACUAGCAUCCCUCAGUGCCCAUGUUCAUGGUAGGCUGAUGCAUGAGCGAGACCCCCGGAGCUGCACCCCGACAGCCUCCAGGGUCCCCCACAAGGAUCCCUGCACCCUCCCGAGGGGGAGGAUGGGCAGGCGCAGGCUCUGUCCCAUCCCCAGGGAGCAUCAGAGCUUCCCUCUCGCUCCGGCAUUUCCGCCGGCAGUGGCAGGAAUGCGGUGGCCGCGGGAACAAUGCCGGCACCUAGCGCUGGUCACCUCCGUGACAGCACGGGAGCAGCUGCCCAGGCACGGCCCUGCUCCCAAGGAGCCGGCAGGAAGCAGAUGGAGAUGACACCGGCCGCCAUUUCCUGCGGCAGGAUGUGCGGGCUUUCUCCACCACGCUCCCCUUGCUGGCCCAGCAGGGCCUCGGGCGCACGGGCACCGCUGCUCUGGGCUGCCAAAGCUGUGUGCCACACACAGGCACCGGCACGCUGCUGCACCUGGCCGGACCCAGCGCCAUCUCCAGCCCGGUGUGGCACCUGCCACCACCCGCUGUGGGACGGGCACUGGGCUGCAGUGCCAGCACGUCAGGGGUGCAGCCAGGAGCUCAACCAGCAGGAACCAGCGGCAUAGGAUCUUCUGUCACUGUCCCCA